ACACUGUACCUACACAGCAACCGCGUGCCGUCCCACUCGCACUCGUCCUUUUCCUUUUCCCCGCCAACCAAACCCCCGUCUCAGCCACGCGAGAGCACACGGCACGCACGCACGCACACGGCCCCAGCCCGGCGGGGAAAAGCAAUCCGACACAAGUACUCCGUAGUUAGUGGCAAGCAAGCAGUCAAUCAGCCAACUUGACUAGCGAGCGCACGGGAACGCGCCUCCGCCCGUUGGGCUAGGCGCCUAUGUACAAUAGAGCGGCGCCGGGGACGUGCUGGCGGGUACGAAGAAGCAAAGAGCGAAAACAAAACGCGAGAAAACGAACGGAGAGAAAAAGAAAAGAAAAGAAAAGAAAGCGUAAACCCCGCCGCCCCAACGGCCGGUGCGAAAAGAAAAAACAGAAGAUGAGGAGGCGAGCGCAUUGGAUUGGUGCUGCCGCUGCGCGGGAUGGCAAUGGCAUGCUUUUUUGCGCAAGACAAGGCAUGCAUGGGGGCGCGCCUCCCUGUCGCUCGGGUCCUUCUCACCAUGACAUGUGUCUUGGUGCUCAGCUUUGUCGCAUCUUGCCUUGUCGUGCGUAUCUUGCCGCCGACCGUGGCCACGGGAGGAGAGUCGUUACUCGUUGGUCUCACCUACUGUAGCAGCCAGCCAACCAACCCUCGCACACCCACACACAUGCUUUCUCUCUCUCACCCAGCCAGCCACCCAGCUGGCCAGCCAAACGCGCACACACACGCGCGCACACGCACACGCAUGCGCACACGCCGCUUCAGCCGCAACCAUGGCCAUGGCCGUCGCCAUGGCGGACGGCGCCCGAAAACCGGGGUCCAUCCGCAGCAGCUAUGUACAUACAAACGACACCCCCAAGACGCGCGCUCGGCCGCCUUGCCCAUUGCGGCGGUGAUGGGCUCGCUGUGCUUCUACAUAGUGGCCUCAUGCUUAAUUAGCCCGUACAAUACGUGCCGCUCCACCGCGCGCGGGUAUUGUAUCGUACAAUAUUGAUACGAUAGCGGGCGCGGAGGUAUAGCUCACGGGCCUCUCUCUCGUCCGUUGACGUUGUCUUUUUUCUUUUGUUGGUGGUGC